AUACGCUGCAGAGACCGGCUGAUUUAAUAGCAGUCAAUUUGAAAACUGAUAAUAAUUAAAGACGUGUGACUAGAAAGAGCUUAAAUUGGGUCAGAAUCUAAGACACAGUGUUUAUUUAUAUAGAACCAAUUCACAAGAAAAGUCAGUUCAAGGCCUCUUUAAAUAUAGGAACCAACAUGUCUUAUGCAGAAAUGGUUUAAAACAAGGAUUCACCUACAUAAUCCUCCACUAUGGAGGACAUUUUCUAUUUAAGUUGUAGAUUAUAACAGCAGGUUGGCAACAGCAGUAAAGAGUAUUUAUGCCAAUCACUGACUGUUCUCUGCCAACAUGUUCUACUGGAGGAACCACUUGCUGCUUGAACGAGAACAACAGCCAAACCAGUUCUUUAUGGGCGUCAGUCAGGCUUAGCCUAUUUUUAUUUUUUAUUUUUAUUUUUUCACUCCCAGAUUCUGACUCACUCCUAUUUGCAUCCCUUCCUAUCAGACAGCUUCUCCUCACCUCUCCGCAUUGUCUCACAAAUAAUGCCUUGUGCUUAUUGCAGAUAUUUCUGCUUUUCCAAGGUAAUCCGUGCCGGCUAACGAUGCAUUCUCUCCAGUGACAAUCCCUGAGGUAACGUCCACUUUCACUGCUCACACAGAAUUAAGCCUGUUAUUUAAAGUCACUUGGUAGAUUCAUACAUCCGACACGUGUCCUUGUUGCCCCUGUGGUCUUUUAGUCUUUGAUCUGUACACGUCUUAUGUGCUUUUGAUAAUAGGGGACAUUAGUAACUGAUUCCACCUAUAAUCCUAUUGGUCUCCUUUUAACAGGCUUAUGUUAUGUUUUAACUUAAGUACCUUAAAGAAAGAAGCAGGUGCAGCUUAUUCACACAGCAGCCAAGAAAAGAAGCUGCAAAAGAAAAGUGAUGACAUAUUUUACCUUUUCCUCAGGCUGGGACGAGUGGUUCACCUUCCUCUAAUCAGCUCGGGAGAAACAUGACGGCCCCCUGUCUCUGCGCCGUUCGUCCGCACCCCUGACUUCAUCUUCCAUCCAGACCGGAGAAACCCGCCGCCCACCAUGUCCACCAACAACCACAGCUUCCAGUGCUUCAGCGCCGUGGGAGAUGAAGGCUCACAUAAGACUUCCCCGUCCUUCAAGCACCACACCACCCGCCUCCCCAGGAUCCCCCGUCACAGCGCGGUGGCCCACCGGGACCCGCUGGACCACUGCUACCUCUGCUCCGAGCACAUGGGAGCUCUGGACCCUCACGUCUCACCCCCGUGUUACUCACACUAUCGCCUCCAUCACCCACACCAGUAUGUCGUCAUGGCGCCGGUCAGGCCCGAGGAGGCUCACGCGGGCCACCACCACCACGCUCAUCACAGGCACAACAAGAGGGUGAUGCUGGUGAAGAACAGCGACCCCUCGUUCAGGAAGACCAUCGUCCUGCACCGCCGGAGUCUCCGCAGCUUCGGGCUCUUCGUGGAGGAGGUUUCUGAGCUCAUGCAGUGCCGCGUUAGGAAGCUGUGCACUCUGGAGGGCCGCAAGAUUGACAGCGUUCAGAGUCUCAUGCAGUGCCCCCGUGUUCUUGUCUGUGUGGGCCGUGAGCCUUCACACCCUUCCAUCGUGGAGAGUUUUCGGAAAACGUCCGAGGACAAACUUCCGAAGUUAACUUCGAAGUCUCACUCCAACGGAUGCCACGAAGACCGUGAGGCAUUGAUGGGAAACCAACGACUUCCAGCAAAGCAAAGCGUCCAAAACCCCAAAGUGGAACCUGACAGGAGGUCGAACAGACCGUCUGUGUCAUCUGACAAGUCCUUACCAGAUGGGACUGAUUCUCCAGACAAUGUGGAUUCACGUCAACCCACUGGCGAAGCAGUGCGAGAUGAGGACAUAGAGAAAAGGGUUCGCAUCAAUAAAGAUGGCAGCUUGUCUAUGGAAAUGAAAGUGCGAUUUCGGCUACAUAAUGAUGAAACGAUACACUGGUCGACAGAAGUAAGAAAGGCAACAGGCAAGACCUGUGAGUACGUCCAAGAACACACAAAGCCCUGUUUUGCACCUGUUAGCGAUCAAAGUUAUUCAGAGUCAGAAAACAUUUCACUCGGUGAACAAGAGGCAGCCUUCGCCAAGCACCUUCAAACAUCAGAGCAGCCUCACUGUCCUCACUGCUGCAGUCACUGCCAGAAGUAUGACAUUUGGAAAAAAGGGAAACGCAGAGCAAGUUGCGGCAUUCAAACCUCCAGCUCAAGUGCAUCCUCACAUACGAAGGUCUCUAGAAAAGUGGUGGUUGAAAGGAAAAGGGUGUCUCGAUCGAGCGAUGAACACACAGAGCAGGUGGUGGAGGCAGAAACCUGCGUGUCGGCUGAAACUGUGGAGUACUGCACCAUCAGGAGUGAGACCUGUUCGCCAAAGGACAACGCACAGGUCACCACCGAGGACGACUGCGGCACAAAGGAUCGGGCCGAUGUCCAAAGCGCUCAAACGUCGGACCGAGAAGAACGGGCAGGAUCUGGUGACCGCGAUGAGGAUGACGACGUCCCGACCAGUGUAUCGAGAACAUCUGAGAGAGAAGACGCGGCGAUGACGGAGGCACCACCCACGCGGUCGUCCUCAGGCCCCAAAGCUUCAGAGCAACCUAGCAAGUCAAUCAAAACAAAAGCUUCACAUAAGUGUCAAUGCGGAGUUUCUGACAAGGGCCAAGAGGAAGUAGAAGGUGAGGUACGAGACCGAUCAAGUGCCAUGUCCGUCAAAUCCAAUGCCUCUGGCAGAUCAAACAAGUCUGAAGAUGUACAGAACACACAGCGUGAGGAUGGAGAAGUGAACCGAUCAAAAAGUGCCAUGUCAGCUCAUUCAAAUGCCUCGAAUGAAUCCAAACAGGCUGAAGAAAUAAUCCAGGAUGAAGAGGAAACACAAGAAAGACCAGUAAGCAGCACAUCCGCUAGAUCUGAAAACUCCGAAGUGAUGUGUGAGCAAAACAAAUCAGGGGAUGAGGCGCACGAAGAAAGAGCUUUAAGUUCAAUGUCAUCAAAAUCCAAAGCAUCUGUUAAAUCAAAGGUCUCGUUUCUCCUAAACGAGGAACAAACUGAGGAGGAAUCGGCGCAAAGGACUUCCAGUGCCAUGUCAGCCAGGUCAUGCGCAUCUGCAGAGGAAAACAGCCAUGAAGCAGCUCAAGAAAAUGAGGAUGAACCUGGGGAGAGAGCACAAAGUGCACUGUCAGAGAAGUCGAAUGAGUCACAUAAGUCUAAAGCAUCUGAAGCUCCACCUGAAGAAGAUGAGUGUAGAUCUGUGCAUUCGCCCGCGUCAUCAGAGGCAGAAGAUGCAGAUGUAAAUUUGGGGGAAGAAGACGAAGACAAAGAAACUCAAGAAGAUCAAGACAGAGUGCCAAGUUCCAUGUCAAUCCAAACCAACACCUCUGCAAGAUCAACACAAUCAAAAACAUCUAGACCUCAGAAUGAGGAAAAUGCUGAAGUAGAAACUGACGACAGACCGACCAGCGUCCUGUCUGCAAAAUCUACCAUGUCAAAAGCCUCUGAAGCGGAUGUUGACCAGCAGUCAAUCGUUUCUGAUCAUACAACAGAGGACAAACAGGCUGAAAAUGAAGAGGGUGAAAGGGCAUCAAGUGCAACGUCAGCUACGUCUAUCAAGUCAAAUGUAUCUGUAACAUCCAAGAGGUCUGAAAGUGCAGAUGAUGAAAAUGCUGAAGAGAAAAGGGAAGAAAGACCAAACAGCAGAAUGUCAGUGAAAUCAACGCAGUCAGCCAAGUCCAAUAUUUCUGCAAAAUCAAGCAAAUCCAAAUCAUCUAACAAGGACAAUGACGAAGAUCAUGAAGAAGAAAAUGCAACGCAACAAAAUGAAGAGAGUGCAUCAAGCUGUAAGGAUGAGGCUGAAGAAAAUCCAAGCUGCAUCCAGAAUGAUGAAACCGAAGGAAGAACAUCCAGCGCCAUGUCUGACAAAUCGUCUAAAAUGUCCAAAGUCUCUCACGACGGGUCUCAGGAAAAAAACAACGAUGAAGAAGUUGCAGAAAGAGCUCAGAGUGCAAUGUCGGCAAAAUCUGCCAAGUCAAACGUCUCUGUUAUCUCCAUUAAAUCCAAAUCUUCUCAAGUUCUCUCCAAAGCUAAUGAAGCAUCAGAUGAAGCAGAACAGGAACCUGACGAGAGACCACAGAGCUGCGCGUCACAUAAAUCAGCCAAGUCAAACAUCUCAGAAGCAUCAAGUGAAUCAAAGCACAGUGAAAAUGUCACUGAAGACAAUGAAGGCAGGGUUUCUAGCGUGCUGUCGCUUAAAUCUGCACGUUCGAAUACGUCAAUCAAAUCUGCCAAAUCAGCACAAUCCAAUAUUUCUGCCAAAUCUAAAAUGUCAAAGCCCAGUGAGUGUGAAGAAUGUGCUACAGAACAGCUGGAGUACAUGUCAUCCAAAUCUGUUAAGUCUGUAAAGUCCAACGCUUCCGCCAUAUCUGUGAAAUCAAAAGGUUCUGAAAUGCUUUCGAAAAACUGUGAUGAAGAUGAGGAGGCUGACAAAAGGUCAGUCCAGUCCGUUGAGUCAAGUGUUUCUGUCAGGUCCAAUAGGUCUAAAUGUUCUGCUCGUGUAGCAGCCGAUAAAGAAGAGGAGCAGAGCGAGAUACGUGCAUCGAGCAGCAUGUCAGUAGCGUCACAUGUUUCUGAGAUAUCCAUAAAAUCUGCCGGCAAGACACCAAGUGUCCUGUCAGCUAAAUCUGCAAAGUCACUGGCCUCCGCAAAAUCCAUCAAAUCCACUGCCUCUCAUGGUCAAACUACUAGGAUUCCUGAUGACGGUGAUGGUGGAGAGGAAACUCCAGGAAGAGUGGAAAGUGCAUUGUCAGCAAAAACUGCAAAGUCCAACGUCUCUGUAAGAUCCAAAAUGUCAGAAUGUUCAGAUGAAAAUGAUAGGAAGCAAACUGUAGAAAGAGUUGCAAGCAGCUUGUCCGCUAAGUCUGUCCAGUCCAGUGUUUCAGAAAUAUCCAUUAAGUCUGCAGAAAGAGCACCUAGUGCUAAAUCGGCUAAGUCAGCAAAAUCUCGUGCUUCUGAAAAAUCUAAAAAAUCAAACGCCUCUGAAGCUUCUUCUAGCAAAACUGCUGGAGUUGAUGAUGAGGAAACUCAGGACAGAGCGCAAAGUGUAAGAUCAGUGGUUUCUGCAUCAUCUGGUAAGUUACAGGGGCCGGGUGGCCCAGCUGAAGGAAACAGAUGCGAUCAUGAGGAAAACGAGGAGCGAGCUCCAAGUAACACGUCUGUCAGAUCAGCGAAAUCCGUCAAGUCAAAUGUUUCAGCGGCAUCUAAGAAAUCCAAAACUUCACACGUUCCCUCAGAGCACGAUACGUUGGAAAAUGAAGUGGAACAAAGUGAAAACAGAUCUGCAACUUCAGCGUCAGUCCAUUCAGUCAAAUCAGGUGUUUCUGUGAGCUCAGCAAAUGCCAAAUGUUCUGCUGACAGACCUAAGUCGACUGCAUCCGAUGCUCCCACUGACACCAGUGCUGCUCCUGAUGGAAAUUAUGACGACGAAACUCAAGACAGAGCAGAAAGCGUAACGUCUGCAAAGUCAGCCACCUAUGCAGAAUCAAAUAAGUCACAUGUUUCGGCUGAGGAGAACGAGGAAAGACCUUCAAGCGUCAAGUCAGUGAAAUCAGUGAAGUCAAAAGCCUCAUGUGUCGUGUCUGAACACAGCGUGGAAGCUGCUGAUCCCGAGAACAAAGGCAGAAUGAGCCCAAUGUCAGCUCAGUCUGUUACAUCCAAUGCUUCUUCCGUAUCGAACAAAUCACAAUGUUGUGACGUCCAAAAUGAACCCAGCUCUGACACCAACGAAGAAGAAAGAGCAGCAAGCAGUACGUCAUCCAGAUCAGUCCGCUCACAUGUUUCUGAAAGAUCUGCUGAGUCUCAUGCCUCUCAGCUCAUCGCUGAAGAUGCGAUUGAACAUGUGAAAACCCCAGAGAGAGCAUCUAGUGCCUUGUCAGUUAAGUCUGUGAAGUCACAUGUUUCUGCAAAAUCUACUAAAUCAGACAUGUCUGAAAUUUGUUCCGGACUGGAAGAAAGCGCAGAGGAAAGAAACGGUGAAGAGGAAAGUCAGAAGAGAGCUCAGAGUGGACAGUCAGUCAUGUCUGUCAGAUCCAGCAAAUCUAAAGUCUCAGACUCAAGAAACACACAGUCCCAAAGGUCAAAAGGUGCUGAAGAGGAAAAUUCAGAGAGAGCACCAAGUUGCACCUCAAAUGUCACUGAAGCAUCUGUCACUCUCAAAGAAAAUACUACAAAGGAGGAGAACGAGGACCGUGCCCCGAGCUGUGCUUCCAUCAAGUCAAAUGCCACAGCUGUAUCAAAGAAAUCAAAAGCUUCUGAGACUCCUGCUGGAAACAGCACAAACAUGGCUGACACUAAAGAAGAAGAAGCAGCUGUCGAGUCAGUUAAGUCGGUGACGUCAUCAUCCACAAAAUCAAAAGCAUCAAAAGCAAGAAUUAAUAAAGACGAUGCUGAAGACCCAGCAGAUGGGUCAAUCAGCGAGUUGUCUGUGACGUCCAGUCUUUCUAGAAUCACCACCAGUGAAAAGAAAUCUGACCACAGGACACAUAGUGCCAAGUCAGCAAAAUCAGACAAAUCUAUUAAAUCAUCAAAAUCAAACAAAUUACUAACACCUGACUUCUCAGCUAAAGAAAGUUUAGAUUCUAUAUCAGUGAGAUCGGAGACUGCAUCUGAAAUGUUAGGAAGGUCUGAAGUUCCUGCUGUGACUGUUGAGAAAACAGAAGAAGGGGCAUCGACAGUCACGUCAUUGAAGUCCAAGUCUUCAUCACGUUCAAAAAAGUCAACAUCCAUGGUGAAAGGAGAAAAAAGUGAUCGGACCAAGAGUUCUUCAUCAAUGAAGUCAGAUCUCACUACAAAAUCUCAAAACUCCAACCGAACUGAUGCUUCCACUGAAGAAGGUGUGAGAAGCAAAGAGUUUGAAAUGCUGAUGUCCUUCGUUUCUGCACACAACGCAGAGGAGACUCAGGACGCCAACAUGCUAACAUCUCAUUUAGAGGAGGAAGAGAAAGAAGAAGAGGCAGCAGCGGAGGAGGGACAGGGAAAUAAAUUAAGGGUGAUUCCCCGUGAAAUGUCGGACGAAAGCGAUUUGUCACAGAGCCUGUCCAGCUCUGACGUCGUCAAAGAGCCGUGUGAGAUUCCAGCGCCUAGUGGGUCAAAACCUACUAAGGCUAAAGGAACGAGGAACGGUCCAGUGACACCUACGGACAUCCCCGAUAACAAAAGUGGCAAAAGCAACGCGUGCAAACACAAUGACUCCGAUUCGAAUGACUUUGAGCUGGUGUCGUCCAGUCUCCCCAACACAUCCCCUACCGAGGUUGUGAAUGAGUGGCUCAGGGCCAUACCGGGGGACGGAGACAUGUACGAGGUGGAGGAAUCCAGCGAGGCAGAAAAAAACGGAGGCACAGCCGAGGAAACGAACGAGAAGGAAAAGAACGACGACUCUGGGGCCGAGAACCCAACAGACGCCAAUGGGGGGGUUUCUGAAACCAGUGCCCCCAACGAGGACAGUCAAGCAAACGCAGAGGCACCGAAUGAAGACAGCGACCAAGACACCACAAAAACUUUCCACUCCUCUGUGCAGGUGAUGAGAGUACUUUUAAGUCCAAAGCUUGACAGAUGUAACAGUUUGCCAGAGGUUUCUCCAGUUUACGGGCGUAAACUAAGCACAUCAGCUAAAGGCCUCCUAGACUGUCUUGUGAAGUUGCAGCUGAUAGACAAUGAUCCUAAAAAUGCAAAUGAAAAGGGUGAAAAGUACCAAGAACUAAUGAACAUUCUUCAAUCUCUUUGGCUUUGUGAUCCUCCAGAAAACGAGCUGGUCCUAAAGGACAAUCAGCAGCACUCUGUGGACGAUGAGUUCAUUCAUACGUCAUCCUCUGGCGUGGACGUCAAUAGUGGCUCCACUGGCUCUGGCAAUAGUAGCGACGGAGUGAAAACUAGUGAUGGUGACACACUGCAACCACACACCAGCGCAAAUGUUUUAAGGAAAAUUCAAGAAGACUGUGAAGAAGAAGAAGAAGAAGAAGAAGAAGAAGAAGAAGAAGAAGAAGAAGAAAGAAGAAGAAGAAGAAGAAGAAGAGAAGAAAGAAGAAGAAGAAGAAGAAGAAGAAGAAGAGAAGAAGAAGAAGAAGAAGAAGAAGAAGAAGAAGAAGAAGAAGAAGAAGAAGAAGAAGAAGAAGAAGAAGAAGAAGAAGGAGGAGGAGGAGGAGAACACGAAGAAGAAGGAGAAAAAGAUCAAUGGAUACCUGAAAAAGAAGUAGAAGAAACGCAGGAAGACAAGCUAAAGGACGAUGACCCAGCAACAGAUGAAACAAUCCAAAGCAGUGACAGUCCCAGAGGCCUGUCUGAAACACCCCCGUCAUCAAACAAAAGCUUAGAGAACGACGGCAGCAGCCAAAAGGUUCCAGGAGAAGAUGAAACAGAGGGUCAGGAGAGUCCUUCCCUUGGUGAACGAGCAGAAUUGGUCAAAAUGCUUUCUCAAGAUCCGGAUCCUGUUUGGGUGUUAACCUUAUUAGCCAAACUAGAAAAGCAGUUCAUGACACAUUACAUCAACGCAAUGAGGGAGUUCAAAGCCCGGUGGAACCUGAUUGACGGUGCACAGCUGGACGUGAUGAUAAGUGAACUUGAAACCCAGGUCCGCAAGAGGAUCCAGAUAAGCAUAAACAGGGAGCUGAAGAGGAUCCAAGGGGGAACUAGCCUCCCGAGGCCCCCCAAGGAAGCCAUGUCCCGAGCAUCAACGACCCAAACAGAGGAGAGGAGACGGAGACUGAAGGCUAUGCUCAAACAAUCAGCUGAUCCACCACCAGACAACAGUGAGGACUCUGCAACAGGGACAUCGUACAGUGACCAACGCAGCGAGAACGACGACUGUCCAUGUGACUCCUGCGUUAGGAAACCAAAGCCCCCACCUUCUGCAGAAGUUAUGAAUAUUGCACCUAGUAUAGUGGACUUUGACCUAAAAAGUAUUCUAACAAUGACGUACAACGAUGUGGAGCAUGCACAAGCAGCUGACACCGAACGCAACACUGAAACCACAGCGGCAUCAGCGGUUGUAGGAACAGCCGUGACAGAUCUGGAGGAGGAUCAGAUCCAGCAAGCCUUUGAAGAUGUAGAUGAAAAGGAAGCAGAGUAUGUGGGUACAGAAGAAGGGUCAGAAAACAAUGAAGAAGAAUUAAGUGCACAGAUUGUUUCUGAAGAUACAAAUGUAGAUAUAUGUCAUGUGGAAGAUGAAGUGGUUUCUGCUGAAAAUGAAGAGAUAGUGGAGAAUAUGGAGGCACGAGAGGACGAGGAAGUGGAACAGGAUCAGUCAGAAGGAAACUGUCUGGAAGCAUCUGCAGACACAUCUGGAGCCGUGUUAGAGUCUGCAGGCGCAGAAACCGCAACAGAACUCACCUCUGACACAGAGAAAGACGUCAUGGAAGUGGAGGAUGAGAGAAAUGAGGAAGAGGCAGAGGUUGGCGUGGAAGUCGGUGCAAGUGAGAACGAACCUGAGGAAGCAGAGGAGAAAUCUGAGGCAACACCAGCUGAAAACCAAUCUGACGAAGAAGAGGCAGAGGGAGCAGGAACAGUUGAAAAUGAGGAAGAGGUUCCUGUCACAGAAGCUGAAGAAGAAACAACUGAACACGAGGUUGCUGAUGAUAAGGUGGAUGUUAUCACAGGUGGCAAAGAUGAGGACGAUACCCCUGCAGACGCAAGUGAGGAGGAAGAGAUGGUUGUCACCAGUGGAGAUGAAGUGAAGGAAGAAUUUCUGGACGCAGCUGAUGACGGAGCAUCCACUAGUAACCACAAGUCUGACGAAGAGGAAGAUGAGGAAGCAGCGAUUGAGGGUGAAGCGCUCGCUUCCGCGUGCACCAAUGGUUCUGCAGAAGAGAAGGAUGAUCCGACCACAGCUCAUGACUCAUCGGAGGAACACGACGAAGAAGCGACGACCGAAGAUGAGAUUGUUGAAAGAAACGAAGCAAUCGCUGCCACAAGUGAAGAUGAAGAGGAAAAUGUAGUGGCAACAACUGAAAAUGAAUCGGAAAAUGACAAAGAAGUAGAAGAAGAACAAGAACAAGAAGCUGUGGACAGCGGAGAGGAGACCGGCUCUGCAGAUCAUGGGACUGGAAAUGAAGAUGAACCUGCAGAGGAGAAAUGUGCUUCAGAGGACGGAGCAGUACCUGAAAAUGAGCAUGUCCCAGAAAAAGAAGAGCCCGAAGAAGAGGCUGCAGAAGAAGAGACAGGCUCUGAUGACGAAGAGCCUGCUGCCACAAGUGCUGAAGAGUCUGACAUCAACACAACUGCAGCAAAAGAUGGGCAUGGAGAAACAGACACUGAAGGUGAGACGGCCGAAGGAAAGGAAAUCAUAAGCGAGGAUGAGGAGGCUGAAGGUGAUGUCACUGCAGAAAACACGUCUGUGGCAGGUACGAGUGACAACGAAUCAAACAAAGAAGAAGAUGGUGACGAUGCAAAAGAUGCCGUAACAACCGAAGAUGAAACCGCUGAGGAGGAAGGCGAUGCCGUUGCAACUGAGAAGGACACGGAUGAGGAAGAUCAAGAGUUUGUCGAAUCCACCCACACUGAGAACAAAAAUGCUGCAGAAGAGUCUGAGGAUGAGUCUGACAAAGGUGAAGCCGAACAAGCGGAGGAGGACGACAAUGGAGAACAGACUCCUGCCACAAACGAUGAAGAUGAAACAGCCGAGGAGCCCGAUGUCGUUGGUGACGAAGAUCCAAGCAAGGCAACUGCAGAAACGACGACUGCUACUGAAAAAGACACGGACGACGUAAGUGAAGAGGCUGCAGACGACACCAACGCAGCCUCGACCGAAGACGAACCCGAGCAGCACGAAGCCGUGGCAGAAGAGAUGGACACAGCAGCAAGUACAGAUGAAGCAGAUGGGACCAGCGGAGCAGAAGAGGAGGAGGAGGGCGUAUCGGCAGCUGAACAUGAAUCCGCAGAGGAAGAGAUUCCAGCCACCACUGGGAAUGAGUCGGAAUCAGAUCAACACGGACCCACGGAGGAGGAGACUGAUGAUGAGAAGGUGAUCGCUGCCACGAGUGAAGAUGACAUAAAGGAAGCCACCGAUACAACUGGACAUGAAGACAUGGAGGAAGAAGAAGAAGAAGACCCGGAGGUCACCACAAAUGAUGAAGAAACCGCAGACGAGAACGGAAAGGAGGUCGUCGCCACGGACGACGACGAUGCCACGGAGCAGGAGAAGUCAGGCCAGGAGGAAAUCAGUGAAGUCGUGGCGUCGAACCAAGAGGGAGAGGAAGAAACCACAGAAGCUGGCGAAGAGGCUGAGGCUGAUCCUGAAUCUGCAGGAGAGGCAAGCUCCAAAGACGCAACUGAGAGUGAAUGUGAGGGAGACGCGGAGAACAAUGCAACAACAGAUGAAAACGAGGCCGCGGGAGAAGAAGAGACUUCGAAGGUGACCAGUGAGUCAGGAGACGAAGAAGAGAAUGAGACUGGAGGAGAAACAGGAGCGUCUGAGGGAGUCGCAGGAAGCGACGUAUCCCGAGUAGAGACGCUGAAAGAAGGCGAGACAACGGGAGACGAGUCGGAGGAGGAUGAGGCAACAGGUGAAGACGAGGGCAACGAGACAGAGGAACGUGAGACAGAACGGUCUGCAGGGGAAUCUGCAGUGGAGGAGCUCAGAGGAGCCCAAGACCUGAGGGAGGAGUCCACGGGAGAAGACGACGAGGUUUCAGUCAGAGAACUCACUAACGACGAAGCAGAAGAUCUCGAUGAGGUGGUGGAGCUGAGGCCGGAGGAGGAUGUGGGUGUGGAGGACAUAUCGGAAGAUGGAGGGACCGAGACAGGUGUGAGAGACGGUCGCCACGGUAACGCUAAGGACAACGCCGACGCCUCCGAGAAGGAGGAAGAGGAAACCGAGGCGCCCAGCGAGGACUGCAGGGGAUUCCUGGGAGACGAAGAGGACGAGGCAGAGGAGGAUUCGGACCGGGGGAGAACAGACGAGGACGAAGAGAGAGACUUUGUCCCGAGCAGGAGAGAAAAACCGGCGGCGGCGAACCGGGCGGCCGAGGAAGCGGCGCUGGUGCCACUGGACGCCUUGACCAACGUGGAGUCUGAGGACGGGGCUUACGCCGACGUCGAGGACUCGGAGACCGAAACCAACGGCCAGGAUGACGUCACGAGCCUCGAGUGGAAGGUGACGAAAGCGUAAACUGAAAGCAGGCGAGCACUAAAGAGACACAAGCACUUUACUAGCGUUUCUAUUUGUAUGACGAUGCUGGAAGGACCGCCAGUGUUCUUCUUUCCUCUUCAUCUUGAAUGUUUAACAUUUUAACUAUCAUGCAGGUAACAGGUCGUGUUCUAGCGCCGGAUAUUAGGAGGAAAACUGAAUAUUUAUUACUCUCAGUGUCAGCACCUUCAGUAACUGGUUUCUAGAUGUAACCAAAUAAAAUGAAAAGUAGCAGAAAUCCACAACAGGAUGUGUCAGCAAGAACAUCGAUCACUCUGUACGACAGAGUGCUAAAUGUACUGUGGCAAAUUAAAUGUACUGGAACCAUG